UCAAAAGAAGAAGUUUGUGAUCUGCUGCAAAGAAAGAGAACCGUUAUAGUCUCCGCCAUUACAGGUUUCUGUGCUUCACUGCAGUCUUUCAGAUCUGGAAACGUGGAAGUUCUUCUUUAGUAGCACAUCAACAAUAGCCUAAUGAAAAUGUAUUAAUCGGUUACAGUCGGUAUUAAGGUCUCUUUAGGUAUUUAGCGGGUUUUGUUCACACUCAUCGCUGUCGGUCGGGAGGGUGUGGUUCAGAAACAACAGCGAGCAUUAAUGAUAUUCAUCGAAAUCAGGUUUUGCUGGAAUCUUCGACAGUAUGAAGAACAAUUUCAAAUUAUUUCAGAUUGUUCUACUAAUGUGUGGAGUGUUCAGUGCUGGAACAGAUGAAGUGAAGACAGUGUCAGUGAUGGAGGGAGAAUCAGUCACUCUAAACCCUGAUCUUACUAAAAUACCAGGAAUUAAUCAGAUGAAGUGGAGGUUUAGAGAUUCACGUUCAGUCAUUGCUCAAAUCGAUUUAAAUGACAUUUUAUAUCCCACUGUCCCUGAGAUGUUCAAAGACAGACUGAAGCUGGAUCAGACUGGAUCUCUGACAAUCACAAACUUGAAAACCAAACACUCUGGACUUUAUAAACUAGAGAUCAACCACAAAUCUGGGACCUUACAUUUGGAUUUCAGCGUGACUGUCUAUGAGUCUCCAGAUGUUAUUGAUGCUUUUAAAGGUGAAAUGAAGAGUGUAUCAGAGACGGAGGGAAAUCCUGUCACUCUUCAGACUGAUACUGAAACACACGGAGAUGAGCUGAUAGUGUGGAGGUUUGGAGAUGAAGGGAAAAUCAUAGCUAAACAAGAUCUAGAGGCCAAGAGUCCACCAUUAUAUGAUCCUGAUGAGAGAUUCAGAGACAGACUGAAGCUGGAUCAUCAGACCGGAUCUCUGAUCAUCACAAACACCAGAAUCACAGACUCUGGAAUUUAUGAAGUGAAGAUCAGCAGCAGCAAACAGACUUUAUACAAGAGAUUCACUGUUACUGUCAGCGAUCCAGGUCUGUCUCCAGGUGCUGUAGCAGGGAUUGUUGUUGUUCUGCUGCUGGUAUUUUCAGCUGUCGCAGCUGCUGGUGUUUUUUACUAUCGUCACAAAGUCUCUGAACUACUAAAGCAAAUGAAACAAGUGUAUAAAUCAGCGCUGAAGGGACGUCCUGUCACUCUGAACUAUGAUACUGAAAUACAGAAGGAUGAUAAAAUACAGUGGAAGUUUGAAGAGAAACUCAUAGCUGAAAUGACUGGAGAGAACUGUGAGGACCCUCAAUGGUCUGAUGAAUUCAGAGGCCAAAUGAAGCUGGACCCUCAGACUGGAUCUCUCACCAUUGAAGAAACCAGACCUGAACACUCUGGAUUAUAUAAACUAGAGAUCAAGACCAGUGAUUAUUCAACAUUCAGACUCUUCAGGAUUAUCGUCUUUGUUUCUUUGACAGAUGAAGAGAAGUCAGUGUCAGUGAUGGAGGGGACGGAUGUGACUCUACGUGUCAAUCCUGAAAUACAGACAGGAGAUAAGAUAUUCUGGAUGUUUGGAGAUGAAAACCGUCCUGUAGCUAAAAACACAAAAGAUAAGUGUGAAGAAGAGUCUGAGUACAGUGAUGUUAGAUUUAAAGACAAAGUGGAUCUGAAUCGUCAGACUGGAGAUCUCACCAUCAAGACAAUCAGAGCUAUCCACACUGGAGAAUACAAACUAAAGAUCAUCAGAAAUGGCAAAUCCUCAUUCAAGUUAUUCACUGUUACUGUUUCUGGACAAGUGAAGACAUCAGUGCUGAGGGGAGAUUCUGUCGCUCUGUACAAAGAUACUGAUAUACAGAAGGAUGAUAAAAUACAGUGGAAGUUUGAAGAGAAACUCAUAGCUGAAAUGACUGGAGAGAACCGUGAGAACCCUCAAUGGUCUGAUGAAUUCAGAGGCCAAAUGAAGCUGAACCCUUGGACUGGAUCUCUCUUCAUUCAACAAACCAGACCUGAACACUCUGGAUUAUAUAAACUAGAGAUCAAUACCAGUGCUUAUUCAACAUUCAGACUCUUCAGGAUUAUCAUCUUUGAUGAAGAGAAGUCAGUGUCAGUGAUGGAGGGGGCGGAUGUGACUCUACGUGCCAAUACUGAAAUACAGACAGGAGAUAAGAUAUUCUGGAUGUUUGGACAUGACAACCGUCCUGUAGCUAAAAACACAGAAGAGAAGUGUGAAGAAGGGUCUGAGUACAGUGAUGUUAGAUUUAAAGACAAAGUGGAUCUGAAUCCUCAGACUGGAGAUCUCACCAUCAAGACAAUCAGAAAAAUCAACACUGGAGAAUACAAACUAAAGAUCAUCAGAAAUGGCAAAUCCUCAUUCAAGUUAUUCAAUGUUACUGUUUCUGUGAAGACAUCAGUGCUGAAGGGAUGUCCUGUCAUUCUGUACUAUGAUACUGAUAUACAGAAGGAUGAUGAAAUACAGUGGAAGUUUGAAGAGAAACUCAUAGCUGAAAUGACUGGAGAGAACCGUGAGAACCCUCAAUGGUCUGAUGAAUUCAGAGACCAAAUGAAGCUGGACCCUCGGACUGGAUCUCUCAUCAUUCAACAAACCAGACCUGAACACUCUGGAUUAUAUAAACUAGAGAUCAAGACCAGUGAUUAUUCAACAUUCAGAUUCUUCAGGAUUAUGGUCUUUGAUAAAUUAAUGUCAGUGAUGGAGGGGGCGGAUGUGACUCUACGUGUCAAUCCUGAAAUACAGACAGGAGAUAAGAUAUUCUGGAUGUUUGGAGAUGAAAACCGUCUUGUAGAUAAAAACACAGAAGAGAAGUGUGAAGAAGAGUCUGAGUACAGUGAUGUUAGAUUUAAAGAUAAAGUGGAUCUGAAUCAUCAGACUGGAGAUCUCACCAUCAGGAGAAUCGAAACUGACCACACUGGAGAAUACAAACUAAAGAUCAUCAGAAAUGGCAAAUCCUCAUUCAAGAUAUUCAGAGUUACUGUUUCUGAACAAGUGAAUAAAUCAGUGCUGAAUGGAGAUUCUGUCACUCUGAAGUGUAAUACUGAUAUACAGAAGGAUGAUAAAAUACAGUGGAAGUUUGAAGAGAAACUCAUAGCUGAAAUGACUGGAGAGAACCGUGGGAACCCUCAAUGGUCUGAUGAAUUCAGAGGCCAAAUGAAGCUGGACCCUCAGACUGGAUCUCUCACCAUUCAACAAACCAAACCUGAACACUCUGGAUUAUAUAAACUAGAGAUCAAUAGAAGUGAUUAUUCAACAUUCAGACUCUUCAGGAUUAUCGUCUUUGCCGGCACAGAUGAAGAGGAGAGGAAACCAUUGAUGAAGGAUUCCACAGAAAAACGAGAGGAUGAAUCAGUGACUGUACUGAUGCCGCUGCUGAAAGCAGAGGAUCUGGAUGGAGUGAAUGAGCAGGAGAGUUUACUUUAAUGAGAUAAGACACGCCCACCAGUGUCAAUCACUCUGACAUCAUCAACACUUCAUCUCCAGCUACAACAACAAAAACACAUUUCUGCUUUCAUAAGCCUCUAGAAUCCGUCCAGUGAAAGAGAGAAAUGAAGCCGUGUCUGUUGAGAUGAUGAACCUGCAUGUAAAAAGCUUCUGUGGUUUUAUAUGAACCCAGAAACACCGUAAUCAAACACUUUCUAAUGUUACACUUCAUACCUGUACCACUGUUAACAUAAUACUAGUGUGACUCUCACAGCUUUGAUUUUCUGUGAUUAUCGACAGGAAUAUGAUUUUUAUAAGAUGUUUUACCACAGUAUUUGAAUUUGCCGUUUUAUGUAAUUAACACCAGUGCCAGAUUAACGUUCAUGUUCAGAACUAAUCACGUCUUUGAGAUCACAUGACCUUCUCUUCAUGUGUAGAAGUUCAUUAGUGUGAAUGAGACUAACAGCUUUGACCAUUCAGUGUUAUUCAGCUUCACUGUAAGUGACUUUAUUAUUGUAAAAAUAACAAUAAUUAUAACCAACUACUUAAGUUGACAAUCUUUUUUAUUUAUAUAUAUAUAUUUCUUUUUAAGUUGUAAAUGUAUGGCUUUUUUUGUUAUAUGACAUAAUUAUGCUUGAAUAAGAGUAUAUCAAAGAUAAGAUGUGAAGUGAAUCUUCAUCUUAUCUGAAUGAUUGUAAAUGUGAGUUGAAUUUAAAGUGCCUUUAUAUUCAUGCUGAAGCACUUACAGUAGCCUUAUUGUACUUCUCAAAAAAAACAAAAAAAAAAACAUUUUGUUCGGAUUUAAUACUCAGUGUCAUGAUACCACAUUGUGGUGUUUGUGUUUUAUUAUUUUUUUCAGAAGCAUGUGAUUGAUGAAUAUUAUUGCUAUACUGCUGAUCUUAAUGUCUGAUCUCUUCUGUCCUCUAGUGGACAAACACUGAUACAGCUUUUGCUUCCUAAUAAAUCUUUUAACAUGAA